AUGAUGAGUGGCCACAGCCGCGGCCUGGGCCACGGGGUCCGCCCUCUGGGCAACGUAGCCGAGAGGAAGCCGGGGCCGUGGGGGGACCCCUCGGGCUCCAGGAUGAGCCAGCGCCCGGGGCCGUGGGGCCUGGCCCCCACCUCCCGGCGGCCCUUCCUCCUGGCGCUCCCGGAGAAGAAAGAGGCCGAGAAAGAGAGACAGAAGGAGCCGCUGAGGAUUCGGAACUGGGAGAGGAGCGGCCUGGGGAUAGUGCUUCAGGGCGCUUUGCCCAAGACUCGGGGCACCAGCUCUGCCUUCCCCCUGAGGUACUCCCUGCUGAAGGAAGAGGAUGAUGAUGACAUCAGUGUGAUGGACGGUCCAUCCGAGGGGGCGUAUGACACAGAGAGUGAAGGAGGAUCCGACUCUGACCUAGAAAGGGAAGAGCCCGGUGGGCCAUAUGACCUCACAGGCAGGUCGCAGUACCUGUCAGCCUGUGAGGCCUACGGAGUGGUGCCCAUCUCCUACUUCCUCCACCACAUGCACGAUUCUGAGCUCACGCUGACGCACCGCGGCCUUGGGUCUCAGGGGGCCCGGGCCCUGGCCUCAGCCUUGAUAUCCAACACCUCCAUCCUGAAACUGAAUCUGAGUGACAACUGGCUGAAUGACGACGGGGCAGUGGCGAUCGCUGGGAUGCUGAAGGAAAACUGCUUCAUCACAGAUCUUGAUCUGUCUGAUAACAAACUGGGGGCCAAAGGCGCCAAGGCCCUGUGCUCUGCCCUUAAGGAGAACACCUCUAUACGGCAGCUUCGCCUGUCCGGCAGUGACCUGGGCCCGCAGGCCGCCAAGGACAUCGCUGACGCCCUGUUGGUCAACACCAAGGUGGAGGUGCUGGACUUGAGCCACAACCUGCUAGAUGAGGAAGCUGGGGAGAAGCUCGGGCCGGCCCUGGCAGAAAACGUGGGCAUAAAGGAGCUCAAUCUCAGCUGGAACCACCUGCGGGGGAUGGGAGCCGUGAUCUUCACCCGAGGCGUUGGGGGCAACACCUUCCUCAGAGUGCUAGACCUCUCCUACAAUGGUUUUGGCGAUCCUGGAGCAGCAGCCCUGGGGGAGGCAAUGAAAGUCAACAAUGUGCUUGAGGAGCUCAACAUCAGUAACAACCGCAUCUCGCUGCCCGGAGCCAUCCGCUUCUCCAGUGGACUGAGGGAAAACCAAACCCUGAGGAUCCUCUCUAUGGGCAGGAACCCCAUGAGGAACGAGGGCUGCCUCUGCAUCCUCAAGGUGAUCCAGCUGAACCCAGACUCGGGGCUGGAGGUUUUGGACUUCUCGGACAUCCACCUGAACAGAGACUUCGACGAGCUGGCCUGUUCCAUGCAGGAGGCCUUCCCGCGGCUCUGUAUCAGACACGGCAACCACCCGGCCUAG